AUGGUUGUCUUGACAACGAGAAGAGGAAACCAGGUUCUUUCCUGCUUGACGGUCAUUGCAGACUACAAAGGAAAGACAAGCCCAGAGAAGGUCACUGACCUGAAAUUCCUGCUAUCCUCUAUGGCCUCAUCUAACUCCACUGAGAACAUCUGCAAUGUGUCUUAUGAAGAGAGCAAGCUAUUCCUGAGUGUGAUGUACAGCAGUGUCUGUGCACUGGGCAUUCCUACCAAUUGUUUCACUGCCUGGCUCUCCCUCUUGCAGGUGCUGCAGGGGAAUGUGUUAGCUGUGUAUCUCUUCUGCUUAGCCAUCUGUGAAUUGUUUUAUGUGGCAACUUUACCCUUCUGGAUUAUUUAUAUCAGGAAUGAUCACAAGUGGACAAUGGGUUUUCAGACAUGUAAAAUAAUUGCCUAUGCAUUUUUUUGUAAUAUCUAUGUCAGCAUUUUAUUUUUGUGUUGCAUUUCUUGUGAUCGUUUCAUUUCUGUGACAUAUGCCUUGGAAUCCAGAAGAUACAGAAACCUAAAAACAGCUGGAUCCAUUUCAAUAGCAAUCUUUUUUAUUGUAGGGUUAGUUCACUAUCCAGUUUUUAAAAUAACAGAAGAUGAAACUUGUUUUGAAACCCUUCCAGUAGAUAAAGAAAUAGCUGGUUAUUAUUACUCUCGCUUUGUAGUAGGGUUUGCCAUCCCUCUCUCCAUCAUCAUUUUCACAAACUACAAGGUUUUCCGGAGCAUCAAGAUGAGCCCAAGCCUGAAUGCAAGCCAGAAGACCAAAGUGAAGUAUUUGGCCUUUUCUAUAGUUAUCAUUUUCCUGGUCUGUUUUGCUCCCUAUCAUGUGGUACUUCUUGUUAAAGCUGUAGCCUUUUCCUUUUAUAAAGGGGAAAAGAAGAAAGUAUGUGCUUUUGAAGCCAAGAUGUAUACCACUUCCGUGAUAUUUCUGUGCCUGUCCACUUUCCAUAGCAUAGCAGAUCCUUUCAUCUAUGUGCUAGCCAGUGAAAACUGCAGAAAGGAACUAUACCGUAUCCAAAAAGGAUGGAAAAGAUGGUCCACAAAGACUAACAGUACUGACCCAAAGCAUUCUAAGUCAGUGGAGGAGUUAACACCAAAACCUGAAAACUCAUCAGCUUUCUAG